AUGGUGGUUUUAAGAAAGGGGGACUAUGUUUGGGUGGACUGCAGUGAUGGGGUACCGAUCGGAGCUGAAGUAGGGCUCUCAGAUACCGGACAGCUUCAACUCAUUGAUGAUGAGGGAAAGGAGCAUAAAAUUAAGAAGGAAAGUUCUCUGAAGCCCAUGCACGCCACGUCAGUGAAGGGCGUAGAUGACAUGAUACGUCUGGGUGACCUUAAUGAGGCAGGGCUGUUACGGAACCUUCUGGUGCGCUACAAAGAUGGAAUUAUCUAUACAUAUACAGGGUCUAUUCUUGUGGCAGUGAAUCCUUACCAGCUGUUACCCAUCUACACUCCAGAGCAGGUACAGCUGUACACAGACCGGCGUCUGGGAGAUCUUCCCCCACAUGUCUUUUGCAUCGCAGACAGCUGUUACUUCAACAUGCGCCGGAAUCGCAAAGACCAGUGCUGCAUUAUUAGUGGGGAGUCUGGAGCUGGAAAAACAGAGAGCACCAAACUAUUGCUGCAGUUUCUUGCAGCUGUAAGUGGACAGCGCUCCUGGGUUGAGCAGCAGAUUCUAGAGGCCAACCCUAUCCUAGAAGCCUUUGGUAAUGCCAAAACCAUCCGCAAUGACAACUCAAGCCGUUUCGGAAAAUACGUAGAGAUCCACUUUACCAAAAAUGGAGCAAUAGAGGGUGCCCGCAUUGAACAGUACCUGCUUGAGAAAUCACGUGUUUGUCGACAGGCAGCAGAAGAGAGAAACUACCACAUCUUUUACUGCAUGCUGCUGGGUAUGCCACUUGACCAAAAGAAGAUCCUGUCUCUAGGACAUGCCACGGAAUAUAACUAUCUCACCAUGGGUAAUUGCACUACCUGUGAAGGACGGGAUGACAUAAAGGAGUACGCCAGCUUCCGUUCAGCAAUGAAAAUCCUAACAUUUACAGAAAAUGACACAUGGGAAAUUAACAAGCUGCUGGCUGCCAUUCUCCACCUGGGGAAUGUAGACUUUGAGGAAACCAUGAUGAACAACCUGGAGGGCUGUGAUGUACUCACAUCUUCUCAUUUCAGCAUGGCUGCACAGUUAUUAGAGGUAGCCCCAAAAGCCCUGGAUGUGAGUUUAACACAACGAUCUUUGAUGACAAACAGGGAGAGCGUGUCUAAACCUCUCACCCCAGCACAAGCCAUGGACGGCAGAGAUGCUUUUGUAAAGGCCAUCUAUGGAAAGCUAUUUGUGUGGAUUGUAGAGAAAAUAAACAGCGCCAUUUACAAACCACCUCCUGAUGACCUCAAACACGUCCGACUUUCAAUUGGCUUGUUGGACAUUUUCGGAUUUGAAAACUUCAAAAACAACAGCUUUGAACAGCUCUGCAUUAACUUUGCCAAUGAGCAGCUUCAGCAGUUCUUUGUGAAACAUGUCUUCAAACUUGAACAGCAAGAAUAUGCCCGUGAAGACAUAGUAUGGAAGAACAUUGAUUUCAGCGACAACCAACGCACACUCGAUGUCCUGGCCAUAAAGUCUCUCAACAUUCUUUCCCUUAUUGAUGAAGAGAGUCACUUCCCUAAGGGCACAGACACUACCAUGCUCAACAAAAUGAAUCAAGUUCAUGGGAAGGAUGAUAUUUAUAUAUCUCCAAAGAAUAAUCAUGACACAAAGUUUGGAAUCCUGCAUUUUGCUGGACCUGUCUACUAUGACUCAAAAGGUUUUCUUGAGAAGAACAGAGAUGCUCUGAGUGGUGAUAUCAUUCAGUUAGUGCAAACAUCAUCAAAUAAGCUCCUAAACCAAAUAUUCCACAAUGAGCUUAGCACCGCAGAUGGAAAAACUACUACCAGUCACAUAAUUGUAACCCCAAAAAACUCACUCCGGCAAACAUCAGAGUCGGGUUCAAAGAAGCAGGUUCCCACAUUAACUGGUCAGUUUCGUCAGUCAUUGGACUCUUUAAUGAAGACUCUAACUGCCUGUCAGCCUUUCUUUAUUCGCUGUAUCAAACCCAAUGACUACAAGAAGCCUAUGCUUUUUGACAGGGAGCUGUGCAUUCGUCAGCUUCGUUACUCCGGCAUGAUGGAGACUAUCCGCAUAAGGAAAGCUGGCUAUCCCAUCCGCCACACAUUUGACGAGUUCCUGGAUCGCUACCGUGUCCUACUGAAGUCCAGUGUUUGUGAUCCCAAAACUGAGAGUGUCAAGAAAUGUUGUGAAAGCAUCUGUGAGAAUGUGCUGAUUGAAGAUGAUUGGAGGAUUGGCAAAACCAAAGUGUUUCUGAAGGAUUGCCACGAUACAGUUUUGGAAAUGGCACGAGACAAAGCUUUGAACGAGAAAGCACUUCUUAUUCAAAAAGUCCUCAGAGGAUUCAAAUACAGGAAAGCGUUCCUGAAAAAGAGAGCAGCAGCUGUGGUCAUACAGAAAUACUGGCGUGGACACAAAGUCAGAAAACUUUACAGAGUGGUCCAGUUGGGUUUUGCCCGUCUGCAGGCUCAAGUGCGAUCUCGGCAGAUGGCCUGGCAAUAUAAACAAAAGCAACAGGCAACUUUGCUGCUUCAGGCUCAGACCCGUGGCUAUCUGAUGAGAAAGGAGUGGAAACGAAAGCAAAAGGCAGUGAUGCUCCUCCAGGCUUACACCAGGGGAACUCUAGCCAGAAGGGCGGUCAAGAAGUUGAAGAGAGAUGAUUUACUUUCACUUCAGGAACGCAGGGCUGAAGAGCUUGCUGUUCUAGAGAGACAAAAGAAGUUAGAGUAUGUCCUGCAUCAGAAAAGAGAAAGAGAGGCAGCUGAACAGCUAGAGUCUAUCACUGACCAGGAAAUGGUGGAUGAUAUUUUUGGCUUCUUGCCUAGCAUGGUUGGAGGACAGGAAGGCCAGGCACCUGCUGGCUUUGAGGAUUUGGAGAGUAAACGGGCAGUCCUUGAGGAGGUGGAUCUGGAUGAUGCUCCACUAAUGGAAAUUCCAGAGGAAGACUAUGAUGAUUUGGAUGAGUACUCUUUUUCCAAAUUUGCUUCGAUGUACUUCCAGGGCACUGCUACACCUAUACAUAUUCGUCAGAGAAUACGUCAGCCUUUGCUUUACCAUGAGGAUGAAAAUGAUGUUCUGGCUUCCUUAACAGUUUGGUGGAUGAUUUUAAGAUUUAUGGGUGAUCUUCCUGAACCAAAAGUUCAAAAGAUCUCUAGAAAUGAACCAGGGUUAGCUGAUCGCUCGCUUCAGAAAGAUGUGGCCUCUCGACAAGGUAGACGCCUCAGCCAUAUGGUGGGCCUGGACCAGAGGCUGCGAAAUUCAAGAAACACACAGGACAGGAGUGUUACUAUUUCUGAUGAGGCUACUGGCAAAAGAAAGGCUUCAACUUUUACAGACAUUCUAUCUCGAAACAGAAAAGCAUCAAGUGUCUCAGAGGAGCUUCCAAACCGCAAAUUAUCUGCUAUACCAGAGCAGAAAAACAGAAAGGGCUCUACUUUCACUGAUCUAAUGUCCCAAAACAGAAAGACCUCCACAACACCAGUGAGGGAUCCACCAAACAGAAGGUCUAGUAGAAAACCAUCUAUCAUUUUAGAAGAGGUCGGGGAUGGGUCAGAAGUUUCAAAACCACCAACUGUGCAAACCGUUAGCGAAGAAGAUGAAAUGAAUGGAGAUGAACUUACUCUGGACCGCCCAAUGACAUCUCUUGAAAAGCUGCAUAUCAUAGUUGGAUAUGCCAUUGUCAGACGUGACCUUAGGGAUGAAAUCUACUGUCAGAUCUGUAAACAGCUCCAGGAAAACCCUAGUCGUGGAAGCUUCUUCCGUGGCUGGAUCCUUCUGUCGAUCUGCUUGGGCAUCUUCCCUCCUACUGAGCGCUUUAUUAAGUACCUGCAAAGUUUUCUUCGGUUUGGCCCUGUGGGAUAUGCACCAUACUGUGCAGAAAGACUAAGGCGCACAGUUUCCAAUGGAGUGCGUGGCGAGCCUCCCAGCUGGCUGGAGCUCCAGGCUACAAAGUCCAAGAAACCCAUUGCCAUCUCAGUCACCCUGAUGGAUGGCAGAACUGUCAGUUUACCUGUAGAUUCUGCAUCAACUUCUAAAGAGGUCUGCCAAGUUCUCUCACAAAAAGUCAGAGUUCAGGACAUAUUUGGCUUCUCGCUUUAUGUGGCUUUGUAUGACAAGGUGUGGUCUCUGGGUGGUGGCAGAGAACAUGUGAUGGAUGCUAUCUCUCAGUGUGAACAGGAAGUAAAGAGAAAGGGUGGGCAGGAGCAACAUGCCCCCUGGCGUCUCUACUUCCGUAAAGAAAUCUUCACACCUUGGCAUGACUGCAGCCAGGAUAAUGUUAGCACAGACCUUAUCUACAGACAGGUCAUCAGAGGUCUGAAGUAUGGAGAGUACCAGUGUGAAAAGGAGGAAGACUAUGUUGAACUUGCAGCAAAGCACUUCUAUGUGCAGUAUGGGUCAGACAGCAGUAUGGAGAAUGCCAAGACUGUUGUUCAGGAAUGCAUUAAUUCCAAACUGUUGGAGGCCAAGUCAGAGGCGAAAUGGGUCCAGAUGGUCAGCACAUCACAUGUCCAGGGCCCAUUUAUAAACUCUCGGACCAAGUCUGCUCAUGUGAAAGCAGAGGUAGUUGACUAUGCUCGCCAGAAGUGGUCCAUGUUCUUCUCAAAGUUUUUUGAAGUUGCCAAGUUAUCUGGUCCUGCUUUACCCAAGAACAAGUUCAUCCUUGCCAUAAACUCAACUGGAAUAACAUUCUUAGAUGAACGGGAAAAGAAUCUUCUGGUACUGUCUUACCCUGAUGUCACCGGGGUAAACACUAUUAGAGAUAGGAAGUCUGUGUGUUUGUUAACUCUGAAGGGAGACUUCACACUGAAUGCAGUCAUGGCUGCCGACAUCUCUGAUUUGGUAGCGAUGUUCCUAGCAGGCCUUAUAGAGCGUUCACAAUAUGCCGUUGCCCUACAAGAAGUAAACAGACAAGAUGAUCGAACAUUUCUCAGCUUUAAGAAAGCAGAGCUCAUUCUUCUUAUUAAAGAUGAUGAGUUUUCUGCUGAUCGUGGCUGGUUGAAGGGUAAGAAUGAACGAACUAAAGAAACCGGUGUAGUCCCUGCAGAUGCUGUUUUUAUUCUUCCUACUCUUACAAAGCCGACCAAUGAAGUCCUGAGCCUGAUCAGCUUGUCCCCUGAUCAGAGAAAGACCGUCAUAGAUAACAGUUUAAAAGGAACCAUUACUGAGAAAGUGGCUCCUGCAACCCUUAAAGAGUUCUCUAUUGAAUAUUUCAGGCAGCCCAUCAAAGAUGUGAGCAGACAGGUGAUAUCUAAGAAUGCACCACCUGAGAGGUUGUGGGCAAACUCCAGAGAACCCCUCAGACAGCCUCUGCUGAAGAGGCUGGUGGGAAAUCCAGAAUUAAGCCCUCAAGCCUGCCAAGCCUUCACUGCUAUUCUGAAAUACAUGGGUGACUACCCCACCAGACAGAUCCAGUCCCCCCUAGAGCUCACAGACCAGAUCUUUGGCCCACCUACACAUAAUGAAGCUCUCAGAGAUGAGAUCUACUGCCAGAUCAUAAAACAAAUGACCAGCAAUAACAACCGGUUCAGUAUGGAGCAAGGCUGGCAGCUGCUGUGGUUAUGCUGUGGUCUCUUCCCACCCAGUAGCUCUCUGAUGAAACAUGUUCAACGUUUUAUUGAGACACGCAAACGAGAGCCACUGGCCACUGACUGCCUCCAAAGACUCCAGGGGGCUCUGAGAAUGGAACCCAGGAAGCUUCCCCCUCACCAGGUAGAGGUAGAUGCCAUUCAGCAGAACAGCACCCAGAUCUUCCACAAAAUCUACUUCCCUAAUGACACUCAUGAGAUUUUUGAGGUAGCAACCAACACCCGGAUAAAAGGUUUGGUCCAGGCCAUUGCCAAGAAGCUCAUGUUGGUGUCAGCUGAUGGUUUCAGUAUCUUUGUGAAAACUCCAGAUAAGGUUCUGAGUCUGAAUGAAACUGACUACUUCUUCGACAGUCUAAGACAAAUUACAGAUUGGUCCAAAAGAGCAAAGAGAGUGAAUCAGAGUAGGUUCCUAGUGAAUGUGUCUUACAUGGUGUUCUUCAUGAGAAAACAAUGGUUCAAUGUCAUUCCUGGGAGAGAUGUGGAGGCUGAUGUUAUCUUUCAUUACCCACAGGAAUUACCUAAGUACAUGAGAGGUUAUCAUCAUUGCACUAAAGAAGACAUUGUGCAGCUCGGUGCUCUACUCUUCAGGGUAAAGGUGGGCAACGACAAAACUAAAUUUCCCAUGAUUCCAAAGAUGCUGAAGGACCUGGUGCCUAAUGACCAACUUAAAGCUAUGUCUGCCGAUGAAUGGAAAAAGCACCUUACUGCAGAAUACAACAAGCAAGCAGAUAUGACAGCGGAACAGGCCAUGACUGGCUUUUUGAAGAUCAUCUAUAAAUGGCCCACAUUUGGCUGUGCUUUUUUUGAAGUAAAACAAACAUCUGAGCCUAAUUUCCCUGACAUUGUGAGGAUUGCCAUCAGCAAACAGGGCGUCACCAUUAUCCACCCCAAAACAAAGGACAUUCUGGCAGUCCAUCCUUAUAACAAAAUUGCAAACUGGUCCAGUGGAAGCACAUACUUCCACAUGACUGUAGGAAACCUUGUCAAAGGAAACAAAAUCUUGUGUGAAACAUCCUUGGGCUAUAAAAUGGAUGACCUGCUGACAUCUUAUGUCAACAUGUACCUUAAUAAUGAGAGAAGAGGACAGAGAAGUCAUCAACACUUUGACUAAAUAUUCUAGUAUUUUA